GUGACUCGCCGUCUCGCUCCCGCGCGGGCGCAGUGCGCUUCCUACCAGCCGUUUGAGAAAUGGCGGCUCCGCUAGGUGGGAUGUUCUCGGGACAGCCCCCUGGACCCCCGCCACCCCCGCAGGGACUCCCGGGCCAGGCUUCGCUUCUUCAGGCCGCACCAGGUUCUUCUAGAACUUCUAACACUACCUUGGUGGAUGAGUUGGAGUCGUCUUUCGAGGCUUGCUUUGCUUCUCUGGUGAGUCAGGACUAUGUCAAUGGCACAGAUCAGGAAGAGAUUCGAACUGGUGUUGAUCAGUGUAUCCAGAAAUUUCUGGAUAUUGCAAGACAGACAGAGUGUUUUUUCCUACAAAAAAGAUUGCAGUUAUCUGUCCAGAAACCAGAGCAAGUUAUCAAAGAGGAUGUCUCAGAACUAAGGAAUGAAUUACAGCGGAAAGAUGCCCUGGUCCAGAAGCACUUGACAAAACUGAGGCAUUGGCAGCAGGUGCUGGAGGACAUCAACGUGCAGCACAAGAAGCCGGCGGAAAUCCCUCCGGGCUCCUUGGCCUACCUCGAGCAGGCGUCUGCUAAUAUCCCCGCGCCUAUGAAGCCGGCGUGAAAGUGGUCUGUUGUCUCCCCUGAGAAAGGGGAGAGAAAUCUGUCCCUGACAUCCAGAUGCUGAGCCAGCACUGCUAGGCCGUUAUCCUCCUGUUGGACAUAAGCAAUCUCAGAAUUUCGGCCUUUGAUAAAGCAGCUCUGAGACCAUGAUUCACAAAGUAAGAUCAGACAAAGCCACUUCAUCACGGGAGAAAAAAGUCACUGUGUCACCAAACAUUCUGGCUAAAAUGAGUGACUACUUUUUCUUUUUAAACCAUUUCCAACUUUAUCUUCACUCUCGUCUGCCCUCCUCCCUAUAGAUAAGAUAUACUGAGGUACCCAGUUAGAGAAUUGUCCCCACCUGCUUGACAGCAUCCAGUCCUGAGUAAAUCUCUGUAUCCUGGUGGUCUGUGGCUGAAGGGCCCUAAGGGGCCCAGUACAUUUCUUGCCCCCCAAUCGCGUCUUGGGGUAUGCCUCCUGGAGGACCCGACUGACAUGGCUGUCAGUGGGCAGGAUCGGAGGGAGCAAGCAGUAGGAUGGGGUUUGGGGACCGCCUCACUGACCACUUGGCAAGGAAGACUCACCCUGAGUGGUACGUGAGGUCACACAGUCCCCAGCGGCCCAGCUGCUCAAGGUUCCACUGGUGGUGCCCAGCCCCAUGUCCCAGUGGACAGGAACGUUGUCAGUGGAGGACAAACAUUCAGGAGGUCGGGGCGAUAGAGUAUACACGAAUGGUGGGGUUGGCGGUUACCACCGUGCUGCCUGGCACCCCCCAGAGGGAUAACGACAAAUUAACAGUACUUAGCAAACCAUCCCAGGCCAUUACGAGUGUGUGGGCAUCUGGCUUUACCACCUACAGGGGUCAGCGGGCAGCUGAGGGGCUACUAGGAGGUAAUAAUAGGUCAAAAAUAAUAUUGCACCCUGUGGUGGUGGAGACUGGUGCUACUGUAUGAAGGCAAAGGAUGCAGCAUGGUGGCCCCUGUCAUAGCUCCAUUUAAUUGGUCAGCUUGGCCCUUGCAGAAUCCAGAUGGAUCCUGGACAUGGGUAUAGACCAAGUAGCCUCAGUCGCAACUACUGUGUUAGAUGUUCAAUGCUAGAGCAGUUAAUACGGAAGGGCUUGGGUAUCUGAUACACAGCCAUCAAUUGGGCAAAUUCAUUCUGCCAUAAUUAAACACUUUGCAGGAAUGUUCCUCUCCAGUUUUGCUCCAGGGAUAUGUUAACACUUCCGCUUUCUGCCAUAAUACAGCCUCAAGAGAGAGAUCAUCAAAUCUUGUUGCUCCCUCCAAGCUAUCACCAUCCUUUCUAGACCACUCUGCUCUUGACAGAUUGAUGAAAUCAGAUUAUGUGAAGGAGAAAAAGAAGAAUGUUUUAGAUAUCCAAUAAUUUGUCAGUCUUAUCUAGGGUACAGAGAGGUAGGAUUUCAUUCACUGCAGGUGAAGGCAUAAAUUGCUAGAAACUUUCUAGAUGGUAAUUUGGUUGUUUCAAGCAAAAAGCUUACCUGUGUAUCCCUGAAUACUUCAUUGCAGUACUCAUGAAAUGUGUCCUAAAGAAAAAAAUGAUAGAAGCAUGUAAAGAUUUAGUUAACAAGAUAAAAUCAACACAGAGAAGACAAGUAGUGAUUUUACAGCAUCUUACUACGCUGAUGGACAGUGACUGUGAAGGGGUAUGUGGGGGGGACUUGGUGAAGGGGGGAGCCUAGGAAACAUAAUGUUCUUCAUGUAAUUGUAGAUUAAUGAUACCAAAAUAAAAAAAAUGCUAUUAAAAAAAAUCAAUGCAGGGUAGAAUCUAAAAUUUGAUAAGAUUGUUCACUAACCUCAAUAAGAAAGGAGUCAAAAUAGAUGGAGGGUCUCAAAACUAAUACAAUUCUGUCCCUGUAGCAGGCGCAGAGUUAAAGGCAGUCAUAGAAAGUACAGCCUACUUUGCUAGUCAUCAGUUGCCCAGGGUUGGGAAAAUGUCUCACAAACCGAAGUGAAACUAUACGUAGUUUUUAAAAUAAUAAAUACUAAUAUAAUCCUACAACACUUACCCUAGGCAAGAAGCAAACGAAAAAAAAAAUUUUAUACUGAAAAAUAAUAUGGCAUGUUACAUGUGUGGUAACAAGUAUUUGCAUUUAGAAAUUUCUUGGGGCCGUGUGUUUUGACUAGACAGUAAAUUUACCUUUAAACCGAGUUGAGUGAGUUGUAAUUGCAUUUCUAUCAAAAUGACCUAAGUAUAUAAGCUGUUGUUUAUUUGAAGAUCUGAUAGAGGUUAAUGUGAACCUCCUAAUUCCAAACUCUCUGUUUGUCUAACUUCACCUUUCUUUGGAAAAAUAAUACAAGUCACAACCAUUUUUAUUGCCCAGUUGUUUUAAAGUUUUAUUCAAAGAGCAAAGACUUGACAGUGCAUAGAAUAAACAACUGUUUAUGGGCCACCUGCUGGGCCAGCACCAAAGAAUUGAGAAUAUACUUUGCCCACUAAAAGUUGUAUUGUGUCUUGUCAUAUUGCACUGCUCCAUCAGGGGGUCAGACAAUUCAGUGUGGCUGACAGCGAGGCCAGCACCAUGAACAGCCAGUCCCAGUUCUCUUUGACCUACUGAGCGUCCAUGCAGUGGAGAAGCAAUGCACCAUGAGGCAAAUGGCCCAACCCCCAAAGACCACAGUUUCAGGAGAUCUUUGACUUCAAAGAAUAGAUACUCUAGAAACCUUCACAAAUGACCAAGUGGACAGUACAGUUGCUGACACUGAGAUGUAUGAUGGAUAAGGCUGUUAUUCACAGAAAGAUCCUGGCAGUGGUUAACUGCCAGUUCAGGAUUGGUAUCAUUACCCAUAAUAUUUUGCUUUGUUUUUGCAAAGCUCCUUUUGAGGUAGAUGUUAACCCUCUGUAAUCUACUUCAUGCUCUGGACCUAGGAAGUCAAAAUAAUCAAUCCAAGUAUGCUGAGGUCUGCUACAGUCCAUUUCUAGUAGAUUCUUUUUCCAUUGGCUUUCCUGGUUAUUUGGAAUUUUGUUUUUCUCUUACUCCUGUUGAGGUUAGAUGUGCAUUUUGGUAUCACAUCAUUUACAUAGAAACACUUUUCAAGUGGAUGUGACCAGCAUCCUAAGGAAGAGUGAAACCACUUUUAAAGCGGAUGAUGGAAAACACAUAGUGUAACAGUCUACAAAGUGGGCUGUAAUCCUCAGGACGGGAGGGAUGCAGUGUGUAGGUCAUCCAUAACAGUAACAUUUUCCUACAGGUGCUUUUUAAUAACUGGUUUGUUUCAUCUUAAUGUCAAUUUUUUUUUUUAAUGAACUGGUGUCACAAUGAAACAGUAUGAAAUGUUAAUGCCAAAAUUUGUUUCGGCUAUCAUAGAUAAAUCAUACUGCAAGCAAGUUAUUUGGUUGGGUGGUUUUUAGUUCAUUCCCUCAAUCAGAUAUUUCAAAGGAAAUGUUUUUUCAAAUGUCGUCUUCAUGAUGGAUCCCAAGAAUCUGUUUAGAAAGAAAAAUACUUGGUAAACCAUUCCUGGUGGGCAGAGCCCUGUUUCUGCUGGACUUCUUUGGGUUGGGCUGUUUCACGGUCUUGUAUCCUGUAAACAAAUAAAAUGGUUUCUUAGGUGGUUUUGAACAUUAAUUCAGUAAACUCUGUAAUACCCCACCAUC